AGCAAACAAACGCACACACUCUUCAGACUAUGUAUAUGGCGGUCGCGGUGAGUGUUGGUCCAUGGGGUGCACCGGAGGGAGAGCCUCGCGACAUCCCCAUCGGCAGCAUGCCCAGUCCCUUGUAAGCAUCACCAUCUGGAGCAUCAAGGCCUUGGGGGAGGGGCAUCUGUGGCUUCUCCUAUGUGUACAUCGACCAGAACGGGGGGCCCAUCCACGUCGUCCCCUGGGGCAAUGCCGACCCGGAAGACACCAUCCAGAUGGGUCCCGCCGAGUACCUUUACGAGCUGAGCGGCACCGCUGAUGACUCCGCCCCAUUAUCGCUCAAACUGGUCACCAACCAGCACACGUACGAGGUCGGCGCUCCGUUGGAGCACACAACCUUCAGCAUGCCGCUCAGGAAUGGCAAGGUGGUCGCCUUCUUUGGCCGCUCCCACAACGAUCACCUCACGGCGCUCGGUAUCUAUGUGCCGGUGAUGAAAGGCUCACCGGUCAAUGUCGGUCCGUGGGGCGACUCCGGUGGCGUACCCGUGGACAUCACCACGCCGGUGCAGCUGAAGAGCGUCACCGUCUAUAGCACCGAUUCCAGCGAUGGGCGCAUCUAUGGCUUCUCCUUCACCUACGUCGACCUGACUAGCCAGUCCAUCCAUGUCGGCCCCUGGGGCACGAUCAAGGGAGAGAAGUAUACCGUCGCGGUGAGUGUUGGUCCAUGGGGUGCACCGGGGGGAGAGCCUCGCGACAUCCCCAUCGGCAGCAUGCCCCAGUCCCUGGUGAGCAUCACCAUCUGGAGCAUCAAGGCCUUGGGGGGGGGGGGGGCAUUUGUGGCUUCUCCUAUGUGUACAUCGACCAGAACGGGGGGCCCAUCCACGUCGGCCCCUGGGGCAAUGCCGACCCGGAACGCACCAUCACGAACAUACAGAUGGGUCCCGGCGAGUACCUUUACGAGCUGAGCGGCACCGCCGAUGACUCCGCCCUAUUAUCGCUCAAACUGGUCACCAACCAGCACACGUACGAGGUCGGCUCUCCGUUGGAGCACACGACCUUCAGCAUGCCGCUCAGGAAUGGCAAGGUGGUCGCCUUCUUUGGCCGCUCCGACAACGAUCGCCUCACGGCGCUCGGUAUAUACGUGCCGGUGAUGAAAGGCUCGCCGGUCAAUGUCGGUCCGUGGGGCGACUCCGGUGGCGUACCGUGGACAUCACCACGCCGGUGCAGCUUAAGAGCGUCAUCGUCUACAUCACCGAUUCCAUCGAUGGGCGCAUCGAUGGCUUCUCCUUCACCUACGUCGACCUGACUGGCCAGUCCAUCCAUGUUGGCCCCUGGGGCACGAUCAAGGGAGAGAAGCAUACCUUUGACCUAAACCUGCAAGGCGAGUAUGUGAACAAGAUCACUGGCACUACUGCCGGCGACAACCGCAUGACCUCGCUCAAGUUCACCACCAACCAGCAGCGUGACUACGGCCCGUUCGGGAGCGAUAGGGGCAAUGCCUUUAGCAUGCCGCUGCCAGACGGCAAGCACAACGGCGCCGUAGUCGGCUUCUUCGGCCGCUCCGGGAAGAGCCACGUUGACCUCGGCGUCUACGUCGGCCUCGCGCCCAACGAGCCAUGAAUCAAUCACUUGUAAACAUAUAAUAUAUCGAGCUAGCAGCUAGUUACGUACUCUACCCAUCCAGAAUGCAGACCUCUACUCGAUCUGCAUGCUACGUUAAACGCCAGCGAGCUAGCUAGCUGGCUAUACAUAUGUGUCAUAUGUUUGUAAUGAAUAAGCAUGAUGGGAUCAAAUACUGUCAAGGGAUUAUAUA